AUGAGAUAGCAAAGGAUCUUCUCAAUUAUAUGCUAACUGGAUAGAAUCACAGUUGCAAGAGCUAUCAUCAUUAUGGGACUUGCAAUGAUAGGCAGUCAUUUUGUUCAAGUUUAAGCAGAUGCUUAAUAAGUAAAAUAACCACAUUUGGUUAAUAUAUAUAGUCCUGCUGGGAACCUCAGCAAGUUAGUAAUCAACAUAAUCAGAUCAGUAAUGUUUAUGACAAGUUUUGUGAUGUCCAUCAAAAUGGUUGAGUGCUACGGCAAGGGAAUUCAUUGGGCAUCAGUUCUGAUCUCUGGUUUUGGGAUUAUUUUUGAGCAGCCUCAUAAAAGAGUUGAGAUCUCCUAUUACGUUUUCCCUAAGGCACUAGAGAGUCUUUGGAAUUAUCUUGAAAGAAGAGGAUUAGUACAUAUUUUAUUUGCCUUGGCAAUUGGGAUGCUAGCAAUGAGUUAUGGGGAAGGGAAAAAUACUAAAACUCUAAGAGGGUUCUCUUAUAAAGCAUGCAACUACAUGUGGAACGAUUUAGAUAAGCUUCAGAAGUAGAAAACUGUAGAGAAAAAGUAGGUAGAACUUAAGUAGGAGUCAGUAGAUUAAUAAAGCGUAGAAAGAGAUUUACUUAAACAUUGA